UUGGGUGUUAUGAUAACAAUAUCAGUUUAUAUACCAAAUAUGUAUUAAAUGUAUUGCAGUCAUAUCCCACACUGUUCAGUUUUGUUUCUGUUUCCAAUGAACUUGCAAAUGUUUCUUCAAUUGUGGCAAUUUGGGAGUUGUACUAUCACAGUUGCCUUGCCUUGGACCCGUGAAAGCUAUCAGAAUACUCAGGAACCAAUUAGCCUCUUGAGACAUUGAAAUGAGCAAGAAAAUAAUUUACUCAAACCCCAAAAAUGCAUGGAGAAAAGCACACGUGCUUGAAGAAUGACAUACUGACUGACUGGCUACUUACUGGCUACUUACUGCAAGCGGGCUACACCAGUGAAAAAAUGACGUCACUCACAUCUGCCUGACCUGCGUAUUGGAUAGGUAACGUUAGCUAUCUAGCCUAGCCACUGUGCUUUCAGCAAUUCCUCCUACUAGCUAAGUUAGUAUUAGUAAUGAUAGUCCGUAGCUAAUGUUUUAUGUAACGAAGUCGUUCGAAACUCAAUGGUUUUAGAUGCACCGUAGACCAUGUGCAGGUGGGACAAUGUUGGUGAGGGUCCGAAGCCAACACUUCCGGUCUUCAGUGGCCCAUUGGAUUUCCAUCCAGUGAACUAGUAAGACAGUUCACGUCAUGGAAAGGAUCAACUUAUCAUGCCUCCCAGCCUCCUGGCACUUCAGCCUGUCGUCCCUGGUUCUACCCAGUGUCCCACUACCUUCAUUCAGGCAGCUGUUCUUCUUUGGUCUGCUGGUGGGACUGCUAGGACUGAUUUACCUGUUGCUGGUAACAGGAAAGGGCCAGGACAGCUGGAACAGAAAGGACAACUAUUUCCACAGACACUUGGCGAGGGUCACAGAUGUGGAGGCCACAGACACUAGCAAUCACAACCUUAACUAUGGUCUGGUGGUGGACUGCGGCAGCAGUGGCUCCAGGGUGUUUGUGUACUGUUGGCCCAGGCACAAUGGUAAUCCCCAUGACCUGCUUGACAUCCGACAGAUGAGAGAUCAGCACAGGAAGCCAGUGGUCAUGAAGAUCAUACCAGGUAUCUCGGCUCUAGCAAAAACACCAGAGAAGGCCAGUGAUUACAUCCACCCCCUGCUGAGCUUUGCUGCCCGGCACAUUCCGAAACACAAGCACCAGGAGACCCCUCUGUACAUAUUUUGCACAGCUGGAAUGAGGGUGCUGCCUGACGGUCAACAGGAGGCACUUCUUGAGGAUCUAAGGACUGACGUCCCUGUCCGUUUCAACUUCUUCUUCUCUGAUUCCCAUGUGGAGGUCAUUUCUGGCAAGCAGGAAGGUGUGUAUGCAUGGAUUGGAAUCAACUUUGUCCUUGGAAAGUUUAAUCAUGUGGAUAGUGAAAGGGAUGCAGUAGUAGAGGUGCAGGUCCCAGGAGGUGACCAGCAGGAGGCGCUGGUGAGGACACGGACCGCCGGUGUUCUGGACAUGGGUGGCGUCUCCACACAGAUAGCGUACGAAGUGCCCAAAACUGUAAGCUUUGCUUCUCCACAACAGGAGGAAGUGGCCAAAAAUUUGCUUGCAGAGUUCAACCUGGGUUGCGAUGCCCACCGGACAGAGCAUGUCUACCGGGUCUAUGUGUCCACCUUCCUGGGCUUUGGAGGAAAUGCUGCUCGACAAAGAUACGAGGAGAGCAUUGUCAUGAACACUCUCACUAAAAACAAGCUCCUGGGUCAGCAUGUAGGUGAGACAGGAGAGUCCCCCCUCCUGGACCCAUGUCUACCCUCAGACCUGCAGGAUGAGGUGGGGCCAGUCACACAGAAACUCCACCUGCUUGGCACGGGGGAUUUUGAUCACUGUAGACAGCUGCUUCAGCCCUUCCUCAACCACACCAAUGAGACUCACUCCUCCCUCAAUGGCAUCUACCAGCCUCCCAUUGACUACCCCAACAGCCAGUUCUAUGGGUUCUCUGAGUUCUACUACUGCACAGAGGAUGUGUUGCGCAUGGGCGGGGAUUUUAACUCCUCAAAGUAUGCCAGUGCUGCCAAGAGUUACUGCGCCACUCAGUGGAGAACUCUGAAAGAGCGAUUUGACUCGGGCUUGUAUGCCUCUCACGCUGAUGUUCACAGGCUCAAGUACCAGUGUUUUAAAUCAGCCUGGAUGUAUGAGGUAUUCCACACAGGCUUCUCCUUCCCUACGGACUACAAAAACCUGAGGACUGCCCUUUUGGUCUACGAUAAAGAGGUACAAUGGACUCUUGGAGCCAUCCUUUACAGAACCCGUUUUUUGCCUUUGAGGGAUAUUCAGCAGGAGAGCCUGAAAGGAGUCUACUCCCACUGGCGUCACAGGUUCUCCUUUGUCAACAACUACUACUUGUUCUUGGCCUGCUUCCUGGUUGUCCUCCUAUCCAUCCUGCUCUACUUGCUGCGCCUCCGACGUAUCCACAGCUGUACCACGCAACGCUGCACCCACUCUACUGUUGAGUGGCUAGAGGAGGGUCUCCGAUCCCACCCGCUCCCUAUCACCCUGUAGACUUCACAUCUGUCACUCCAAAAUCAGCCUUUUCUUUCCCAGCUGGAAUCCAUUUGCCUGCACCUUUAUGUUAAGGUCUUAAUUUCUUAGCUGGAAAUGAACAAGACUAGAACUUAGAUCGAUUUUGAAUGAGUCCAAUGAACAGACAUCAGACAGCAUUGGGAUGAACUGGUGUGGGAGAUAUUGCAUGUUGAGUUUGCACCAUCCAUGAAAUUCUUUGUGAAUGUGUUUUUUAUGAUAUCAAAAUAUCAGCCUUUUUUAUGUUUCUGGAAAUGUGAACGAGGUACAAAGAGCGUAACUAUCCUUGCCUGAAGUUUGUGAGGUCCCAUCCGUACUUGGUCCAGUUAGGCAGGCUUGUUCAAGCUUCCUGUAAGGUUCCAAUGGCAGCUGCCUUACAACUUACCCUAAUUAGUCAUUCCUAAAACGGCAUAUUGUGAAAGAACGCCCCUAAACUGCUGUUUUUUCCAAUAUAGGAGCACAUCAUUGAAUGAAUGUGACAAGACAAUAGUAGGGGUAUGAGGACGAUGAUGAAACAGUUACUGUUUUACAGUACAUAUUUAUAGAUUCACGGUUCUUGAUAAUCUGUCACAUUAUCCUGAUGCAAUUUAAUUUCAGUGUCAUUGUUUCUAGCGUCUCUGUUUGCAUUUUGGGUGCAUGAUCAGUGAAUGUUUAUUGGUUGUGGGCACCUCUGUUCACCCUCAAAGUUUAUUGCUCUGACGGGCACCUGUCA